AAUUGGUUGACUUUUAAUUCUUGAAAUUAAGGAUUAAUCAACAUUUUGCAUUAAUAAAUUCCAAAAAGCUACAUUUUACCAAUAAUGAGUUUGACAAAUAAUAAUUCUGCAAGCAAUAACAAUUUGAAUCAAAACUUAUCCAAUGUACUGGAUGCAAAUAAUGGAGGAAACAACAACAUUAAUAACAAUAACAACAGAGCUCGUGAGAGCUGCUUACUCCGAUGUGCUAGUCAAAGUUCAUUAGAUGAAAGUUCACAGAAAAUUCCACGUCAAAGAUCAUCAACAGGAACAUACAAAAAUGAUGCACAUACUAAUCGCUCAUUUGACACAAUGAACGAAAUGAGAAAACAAAACUUACUCUGUGAUGUGAUUCUUAUUGCUGAUGGUAUGGAAAUUCCUGCUCAUAAGAUGGUACUUGCAUCAUGCAGUCCUUAUUUUUAUGCAAUGUUUACUGGAUUCGAGGAGUCUCGUCAAGAUCGCAUAACAAUUCAAGGAGUUGAUUAUCAUGCACUUGAAUUACUUGUCGAAUACGUAUACACAUCCGUCGUAAUUGUAAACGAAGACAACGUCCAGGUUCUUUUAACCGCCGCUAAUCUUCUUCAACUGACUGAUGUUCGUGAGGCAUGCUGUGACUAUCUUCAGUCACAACUUGAUCCAAGUAAUUGUUUAGGAAUUAGGGAAUUUGCUGAUAUUCAUGGAUGUGUGGAUUUAUUUAACUAUGCUGACUCAUACAUCCAGCAACAUUUUUCUGAAGUCGUACAGUUUGAAGAAUUUUUAAAUCUAACCGCAGAUCAAGUUGAAGCAUUCGUUAGAAGUGAUUCACUUUCCAUACCAAGUGAGGAGAGAAUCUUUGAAUGUGUUAUUGCUUGGAUACAAAGUGAUCCAUUGUCGCGACAGCAGCAUUUAGGAAGAUUAAUGCAGCAUGUUAGAUUACCCUUAUUAUCGCAAGACUAUAUUUUACAAAGAGUUGAAAAGGAACCUUUACUUCAAGGCGAUAUUCAAUGCAAAGACCUAAUUAUUGAAGCAUUAAAAUAUCAUCUUUUGAAGAACGAACAAAAAUUAAUAUUUAGUUUCAAUACACCGAGAACCAUUCCCCGUCGACCAAUUGGAAGGCCUAAAGUUCUACUUGUUAUUGGUGGUCAAGCACCAAAAGCUAUUCGUUCAGUUGAAUGUUAUGAUUUGAGAGAGGAAAAAUGGUAUCAGGCUGCUGAAAUGCCUAGCCGAAGAUGUCGAGCUGGUGUUGCUGUAUUAGGUGAUAAAGUGUACUGUGUUGGUGGAUUUAAUGGAGCCAUAAGAGUUCGGACAGUCGAUAUUUACGAUUCUGUAUUGGAUCAAUGGAGUAGUUGUUGUUCUAUGGAGGCUCGUCGCUCUACGUUAGGUGUUGCUGUGCUUAAUAGCUGUAUUUACGCGGUUGGAGGUUUUGAUGGAUCAACUGGUUUGAGUUCAGCAGAGAAAUAUGAUCCGACUACCCAAGAAUGGCGAAUGAUUGCUUCAAUGUCAACAAGAAGAUCAUCUGUUGGAGUUUGUGUGCUAAAUGGCUUGCUCUACGCUGUGGGUGGUUAUGAUGGCGCUACACGGCAAUGUUUAUCUUCUGUUGAAUCUUAUAAUCCACAAGCAGAUGUUUGGAUUGCUGUGGCAGAUAUGUCAGCUAGACGAAGUGGUGCAGGUGUUGGAGUACUUAAUGGUUUAAUUUGGUGCUGUGGUGGUCAUGAUGGACCAUUAGUCAGAAAAUCAGUUGAAUAUUACAAUCCAGAAACAAAUACUUGGCAUCAAGUUUCUGAUAUGGCAUUCUGUCGUCGUAAUGCUGGAGUUGUGGCACAUGGAGGAUUAUUAUACGUUAUUGGUGGUGAUGAUGGUACUAGCAAUUUAGCAUCAGGUGCAUCGAGUGCACCGUCUAACAACAUCAACAUUAAUGGACAAAAUGACGAUGAAAAUAGUCAGGCAGAAUCUAACAACUUUGAAGUACAAGUUCAAGUUCAAGCACAAGCCCAAGUCCAACAAAAUGGUGUAAAUCAUUAUGAAAAUGUCGAUGCUGUACCGCUCGGUGUCCCUGCACAACAGAACGAGCCGAAUGUGGCACAAAUUGUAAACCUUCAGCAGAAUAAUGCAAACCGUCCACAACCUCCCCCUGUACAACAAUAUCAUCCACAAUACCGAAAUGAUGCUUACGAUCGAAAUGGUGGAUAUGACAUUCCUAGAAAUGCUCGAAAUCAAAACAAUUAUGCAAAUGGUAAACGACGUUCAAAUUUACAUCUUGAUAUUCGACCUCGUUGUACAUCAGCAAAUCAUCAACAUCAAAGAAGUUUUGAUGAUACUGAAUCGUGCUAUUAUGGAUCAAAUAAUGGCUACAAUAUGUACGAGAGAAUUAGAGAUGAACCAUUGUAUCAAAAUGCUGCAAACAAUUCAAUGUAUGGUCGAUUGGAUGUAAUUGGACAUGGAAUAGGGAGAAUAGAACGACACUUAAGUUCAUCAUGUGGCAACAUUGACCACUAUAAUGUCGGUGGACAUUAUGCAGUUUUAAGUCACUCACAUAUUAAUUCAAUGGUGAUGAAUCAGAAUCAAAUGCCAGUUGGUUCCUCACAAAAUCCACGUGAAGGUGUAAAGUCACUAUUUAGUUGUCUAGGAGGUGAAAAUUCUCAAUCAAUGAACAGUAUAAAUGAUAGCGAUUCAAGCUCAUCACAAAAUCCAGGAUUGGUUCCUGCAACAUCACAACAACGAUCAACUGGUGCAAUACCAAAGACUAAAAAUAAGCAAAGUAAUAAGGUUUCACCCAAACCGAGCACAUCUUCUUCUACUGUUGCUACAACAUCAUCAUCCGCUUCGUCAUCAUCUGCAGUAAGUCCACCAAUUCCACCACCUAUACCAAAGGCAAAUUUCUCAAAAUCAUCAUUACAGUAUUUACUCAUGAACAAAUGGUUGCCAUUAGGACCAGAUUAUAAGAUAAUUGAUUUUAAUUUCAUGUUUAGUCGGAACUGUUCUCCAUCUGGGCAUUUAAAUGAAAUUGGGCAUGAAGGCGUCGUUCAAUUUAAUGGACAAGCUGAAAUGCUUGAUCCAAGUCUGUAUCAACAGCCAUCAAGAGAAUAUCCAAUGAUGAACAAUGGACAAUAUCCACGAAUAAUACGUAAUACACCACAACUUUCACGCUUACAUGAAACUGACGCAGAAAAUGUUCAAUAUGAGAAUGUACAACGUGGAGGAAGUGCUUUUAGGGCAAGGUCAGAAAGUCCAAGUUUUAAUGGCUCGCGACAACGAAUACAGCAAGAUGAUCCGUUCCGUAAUUGGUCCUUCAACUUUGAGAAUAAUUCAUUCAAACCUUCUGGAGCUGUUCAGAAGCAACAGCAAUCACAAAGAGAUGGAAAGCGACUCAAUGAAGGUGUAAUUAUUAAGGAUUUUCAAGAGCAAAAUCCUCGAAAGGAAUUACCAAUUGUAGAAGUCGAACAAGAAGUUCAACCACAGGAACCACAGCCUUCCACAUCAAAAUCAAAUAAUACAACUUCAACGGAAACAUCAUCUGGAUUGUUGUCAAAGACUGGAGAAAUGAAGAAAUCCGAAAAUUAUGACAAUCUUGCAAGUUUGCAACAUGAUCCACUGCCGUCAACAAGCGGAACUAUCAAUAACAAUAAUAGUGUACCAAACGGGAAGCAAAAGAAGAAAAAAUCAACAGAAAGUCAAUCAAGCGAUUCUGUGACACUUGCGGAAGAAGACGAAGAAGAUGACAAUGACGACCCUUUUGCUGAUGAUUUAGAGUCUGACAUAGAUUAG